AUGCCGCUCGCCUUCCCCCUUUCGUGGGUUCCUUUGGGAAGUGGUUUUCCUGGCAGCCUCCCUGGUCAGGUGUGUUGGCAUUUAGCAUCGGCACCUGGAGUUUCCUCCCGAGGGCUGGCUGGAGGGCUCGGCAUUCGAGGAUUCCCAGUCGAACUUCUGGAGGAGCAGUUUCCUGUUUGGAGCGACACUUCCUUCUCGGAGGGGAGAAAAAGUACAGGGCCACAAGUUGACUAUAUUGUGGAGUAUGACUAUGAUGCUGUACACGAUGAUGAAUUAACCAUUCGAGUUGGGGAAGUCAUCAGAAAUGUGAGAAAACUACAGGAAGAAGGAUGGCUGGAAGGAGAACUAAAUGGGAGAAGGGGAAUGUUCCCUGACAAUUUUGUUAAGGAAAUUAAGCGAGACACAGAACCCAAGGAUGACAAUUUGCCCAUCAAACGGGAAAGACACGGAAAUGUAGCAAGUCUUGUACAGCGAAUCAGCACUUAUGGACUUCCAGCUGGAGGAAUUCAGCCACAUCCACAAGCCAAAGCUAUUAAGAAGAAGACAAAAAAGCGUCAGUGUAAAGUUCUUUUUGACUACAUUCCACAAAAUGAGGAUGAACUGGAGCUGACAGUGGGGGAUAUCAUUGAUAUUAAUGAAGAGGUAGAGGAAGGCUGGUGGAGUGGAACGCUGAACAAUAAGUUGGGACUUUUCCCCUCAAACUUUGUGAAAGAAUUAGAGCUCACAGAUGAUGGUGAAACUCAUGAAGGGCAGGAUGAAUCAGAAAUAGCUUUGACUGGCUCUACCUCACCUCUAGUGUCUCCGGGGAAUGGGAGUGAAAUUGCUCCUGGAUCAGUCACACAGCCAAAGAAAAUUCGAGGAAUUGGAUUUGGAGAUAUUUUUAAAGAAGGAUCUGUGAAACUUAGGACAAGAACAUCCAGUAGUGAAACAGAAGAGAAGAAGACAGAAAAGCCCUUAAUCCUGCAGUCACUGGGAUCCAGAACCCAGAAUGUGGAGGUGACGAAACCAGACACUGACGGCAAGAUUAAAGCUAAGGAAUAUUGUAGAACAUUAUUUGCCUAUGAAGGAACCAAUGAAGAUGAACUUACUUUUAAAGAAGGGGAGAUAAUCCACUUGAUAAGUAAGGAGACUGGAGAAGCAGGCUGGUGGAAGGGUGAACUCAAUGGCAAAGAAGGAGUGUUUCCAGAUAAUUUUGCUGUUCAGAUAAGUGAACUAGAUAAAGACUUUCCAAAACCAAAGAAACCACCUCCUCCUGUAAAGGGUCCAGCUCCAAAGCCUGACCUGUUAGCUGCAGAAAAGAAAGUUUUUCCUCUAAAGUCUGAAGAAAAAGAUGAAAAGUCUCUGCUGGAACAGAAACCUUGUAAACCAGCUGCACCUCAAGUCCCACCCAAAAAGCCCACUCCACCUACCAAAGCCAAUAAUUUAUUGCGAUCUCCUGGAACAGUGUACCCAAAGCGACCAGACAAACCAGUUCCUCCUCCACCUCCAACAGCCAAAAUUAAUGGAGAAAUUUCUACAAUUUCUUCGAAGAUUGAAACUGAGCCAGUAUCAAAACCAAAGCUAGAUCCUGAACAAUUGCCAGUUAGGCCAAAAUCAGUAGACUUUGAUGCCCUUUUAGUCAGAAACUCUAAAGAAACAGAUACUGUAAAUUUUGAUGACAUAGCUUCCUCAGAGAACUUGUUACAUCUCACUGCAAAUAGACCCAAGAUGCCUGGAAGAAGGUUGCCUGGCCGCUUCAAUGGUGGACAUUCUCCAACUCAAAGCCCAGAGAAAACCAUGAAGUUACCAAAAGAAGAUGAUAGUGGCAACCUAAAGUUGUUGGAGCUUAAAAAGGACACGAGCUACUCGUCAAAGCCAUCUCUUUCAACACCUUCAAGUGCUUCUAAAGUAAAUACAUCUGCUUUCCUAACUCCAUUAGAACUCAAAGCUAAAGCAGAAUCAGAUGAUGUGAAAAAAAGUCCCCUGGAUGAACUUAGAGCUCAGAUGAAUGAAUUACUGGGUAUGGUAGAUGCAUUGAGAAGGGAUCAUGGGAAAGAACUGGAAAAGCUACGCAAAGAAUUAGAAGAAGAGAAGGUCAUGCGAAGUAAUCUGGAGGUGGAAAUCGCAAAGCUGAAGAAAGCUUUUCUGUCUUCUUGAGGUGGUGUGGACCCAGUGUUCUUAAUGCUCCAG